AUGGCUCAGUACGACUCUCUGGCCUCCUCGUACGACAUCCUCGACCGCCUUCCGUACCGAGCAAUGGAAGUGCACAAUGUCCGACUUGCCAUGGAACCGCUGCUCCGGCCCAACAUGGCUGUUCUCGAACUUGCGUGCGGCACGGGCUUCUACUCUUCGCGGCUUCUCGACUGGGGUGUGGACUCCCUCACGGCAAUGGACAUUUCUCCCGCCAUGCUUGCCGCCGCCGCCGCACGAGUGCCGGCCCAUGUGCAGGCGGGACGUGCUCGCUUCGUCGAGGGAGACGGCACCAAGCCCCAGUCGUUUGCUCCCGAUGGAAGCCCGGGUUGCUUCGACCUGGCCGUUGGGGCGUGGUUCCUCAACUACGCUCACUGUAAAUCGGAGCUUGUCUCCAUGUUCCAGAGCAUCUCGCUCAACCUCACUUCCGACGGCCUUUUCGUGGGCGUCGUACCGCAUCCCACAAACCAUCUCGGUCCACGCGCCGCGGCGCACGGCAAAGAACCGCUCAACAAGAUGUGGCCCCGAAACGAAUACACCGAGGAGCUCGAAUCAGGCGACGGCUGGUGGCUCCGGGUCUUUCUGAAUGACGAGGGGGUUGACUUUAGGACGUGCCACAUGAAGCGGCAGGUGUACGAGGAGGCGGCGAGACUCGGGGGCAUGAAGGGCAAGCUGGAGUGGAGGCACGAGAUGCUGCUUGGAGACGAGUGGGCAAGGGGAUAUAACUUGACGCGUCACGAGUGGGAGGUGCGCGAGGCAAACCCUCACCUGGGGAUACUGGUUGUCUGGAAGGCGUAG